AUGUCAAGCUUCAGUAUCAUAGAGCAUGUUUCUGUUUACCACGGGGCUAUCAGCAAAGCAACUACUGAGAGGAUCCUGGGUGCAGUGGGGAGAGAUGGGAGUUAUCUACUCCGAGACAGUGAGAGUUUACCCAACACCUACUGCCUAUGUGUUCUAUGCAAAGACAUUGUCUACACCUACAGAGUGUUCCAAAUCAAUGAGGGGUCCUGGACAGUUCAGACAAACCCUGGAGUACAGACACGAUUAUUCAGGAAGAUAAGGAAUUUGAUAGCUGCCUUUGGUAAUCCAAACCAGGGCCUGGAGAUGCCCCUCUAUCCAGUUGAAAACCAACACACUGACCUGCAGUACCCAUGAGAUGAUGGCUCCUCUUCAAAGAUACAAACAUUGACAACAAUAUAUUUAAAGAACUGUGAAAUGAUUCAAAUUAAAUAAUUUGAAUAUUUAUUUUUUGUUUUUGUAUUCUGUUUAAAUCACGUUGUUUGAUUAACUAUUUUUUGCAUUAUGUCCAGUUCCAUUUAAACCAGUGGUACUCAUAUUUCAUGAUACAAUGAAAUAAACAUCAAAACAUACGGACAAAGAAUUUGCACAUUUAUUUA